AUGUCCUACACGGACAAUGGUUUUCACGGACAGCAGAGAGGAGAAUAUGACCUUCUAUCGAACGCCGAAAGGCCAAUGUCUGCCAAAAAGGGUUUGUCAAUGCGCUGGAUCCUCGUGGCACUUUUGACCACAAAUAUGAUUUCGAUCUUGUUGACGAACUCAUAUACUCGCCGGCAGGACAUUGAUGCACUUUCACCGGACCUCAAAGGCACCGAAGCAGUUUACGAUGGUGUUGACAGGGAGAUGUCCAUCAAAGCGUUUGACCCAUUUGACCCUUAUGACAACGAAAGCAUAUACACAGCUACUCCCAGCCAAGACGUCGAACGUGCAUGGCGUGAGCUUGGAGCAGAAGUUGGCUCCUGGCUACUCCCGAAACAGUAUGGUCACAUCUACGACCUCGACAUCAGUCGAUAUAUGUAUCAGGACAAGGAUUUCGCCCCUGGCGGUGCAGAAGGCUACCUCGUACAGUCCUGGGCAACUCACGACCUUCACUGCGUGAAUUUGCUUCGAAAGAACUUGUACUACAACCACGAGCAUUACGCAGGGCGUAUGAGCCAUGAAUUGCAGGAGAAUGAAUGGUUCAACAAGGCCCACAUCAAUCACUGCGUCAAUGCGCUACGCCAGCGCGUGAUGUGCACAGCAGACAGCGGAGUAAUCCCCUUCGCUUGGAAAGGACCAGGCGAGAACGACCACAAGCCUGAUUUUCGAUCUCCACACAAAUGCCAUGACUAUGAGUCUUUACAUCGGUGGAUGACGCAGCAAGAGGCAAAGGUGCAUCGUGGCCCGACAGGAAUUCCUGUGCCUCCUGGAUCAACAUUCGAUGGAGCAGGGUUUCGUUGGGCCGGACCACUAUACAACCAUGACUCCCAGAGUCAUCGUUGA